AUGAGUCCCCUCGAGGUACUCUCCGAGAUGAAAAUGGUGAACGACUGUCUUCAGCUCCUCUCGGAGCAGCUGCACAUGUGGGUAGAGAUGAGCUCUCCUGCAGCCACAUGUGCGUCACGGUUUCUAAUCGCUACUAAUGCAUGCGGAUCAGACGCGCACGGCUAUUCUGCAAACUUCGGAGCAACACAAGCUGCACUGCCAUGGUGCGUAGCUUCAGAGCGCGAAGCGCUAUACUGCCUCCAAUCCGUCAUGGAUAACGCACGGCGCUUCCUUAUUCAAUCUCAGAGUGAGCUGUGGACUGUGCUGAGUCUGAGAGCCGCCACCACGAGUCCCAGCACCGCUACAUCUGGCCAAGCGUCGUGCGGAAUAAGCUGCGCAGAGUCUCUCUCUGAUGAGGCGAAACGGUGCAUUGAUGCAUGGGUCUGCCCAAGUGACGCUGAGCAGACUGAAGUUCCUCUAAUGCGUGUUAUGAAGCGUUCGCCUUCGCGUUCGGCGCCGGCGCUCACCCCUGAACGCAUUGAGGUGCGGGACACGAGCAGAACUCCUGCGAAUGCUAUCGUUACCUCACGUCGGCUCCCCGACCGUGUCGCGGAUCACCUGAGUCGACGUUCGUGGCCAGCGACGCAGUUCUGUUACAUGACGCACGUGGAGUUCAAGCGUGGGCGUCUGCGUCGUUUUCUGAGCCCGGUGACAGUGACGGCAGGCACGUACGUCAUUGUACCUGGCGACCGCGGGUACGAUUGCGGGCUUGUGGUGCAGUGUGCUUUGUGGAAUCCUCACAAGCAGGCCUACGAGCUGGAAACCCUUCAGUCGCUUGACCCUGGAGUGUUGCCCCCGGGGGACUUUGGACCUAUCAUGGAAAUCAUCCGUGUUGCCACAGACAUGGAGGUGCACCGUCUGCAUCGUGAGCAUGUCCGCAUGGAGCGGCUCGCCCUCACCGCGUGCCGCGACAUUGCCGAUCGUCUCCACCUUCCGAUGGAGGUGCUGGACUGCGAGUACCAAUACGACGGGACAAAGAUCAGCUUCUUCUUCGACUCUACCGAAGUAAUUGACUUUCGCCAACUCAAUAAGGAGCUGUUUCGCAUCUUCAACGCGCGUAUCUGGAUGCAAAACACGAACGCGGCAGUGCGCAAUGAGGCUCCGCGAGGUCUGGUGGCGCGACGGCAAAUGCACGGCUUUCGCUCAGAAUUUAAAGGCACCUCGUCGAGGCACUGA